GCAGACCUUACUCCUCGAAGUAUUCAACCUCUGUAAGGAGAUUUACCUCACUCAAAAUUCUAAACUUAUCAUUAUAUCCCAAUUUCAACAUGGAACCAAAAAGAACUGCCUCCAAGAUGAUGGGGAGCGCUGCCAAUGCUGAGGAUGGUCCCCUCAAGAGAACGAGUAAUCUAGAUUCCAUAAAAUAUAUGCUCAAAGAAAAUGCAGACAAAGUCACUUUCAGCAAUGCAGAAACUGAAGAAUUUGAAAUUCUCAUCCGACACAAUGAUCUAGAUAUCGCACGACAUAAACACUGGAUCAAAAUAUGGGGAAAAAACAUCUCAAACUCUCAGAAGUCGAUACAGGAGCUCGAGAAAACAAUUAAAGGGUACAAGGAAGACAUUGAGAAGAAGAGACAGGAAAUUGUGGAGUUGAAACAAGAAGAGGAAGUGAUUCUGGCAAUUGAAAAGCAAGGGGAGGCUCGCGAAGAGGAGUUGCAAAGAUUCGUGAAAGAGGAAAUGACGAAGUUUUUGGAAGGAAAAUUGGAGAAAGAGGGCUUGUCGCUAGAGGAAGAGGGCGAGGAAGCUCAGGAUGAGAAGGUUGCCGCCGAUGGGGAGAAGAAGAUGAUAAAAAAAAAAUAGAUAUGGGACAGAACGCUGCAAUGUGAGUCA